CCCCUCUCCCCCAAAACAGGCUUGCGUAUCCCUGUUUCUCCUAAACCCCCACGACCCUGUCACCCCCCACCCCCAACCCCGCUUCCUCACCACUCUUCAAAAUCCAACGGCCCUUGAUCUCUCCAAAAAUGUCCACAUCCUCAUCUGUCCCGUCAGAUCCAACUCCAUCAUCAUCAUCAUCAUCGUUAUCGUCAUCAGAAGACCACUUCGAUCGCCUCCCAGACUCCAUCCUCCUCCUGAUCUUCAACCGCGUAAAAGACAUAAGAGCCCUCGGCCGGUGCUGCUCCGUCUCCAAGCGUUUCAACUCCGUCGCCCUCCAAGCCGACACCGUUCUCAUCAAAAUCGACUGCGUCAUCUCCACCGACACUGAUACCGACACCGAUACCGACACCGACACGCCUUCGUCCUCAUCGUCAAAGCCCAAGGGCAUUUUCGGAAACCUCGUGAAAAUCCUCCUCACCAGCGUCUUCAAGCCCUUCCAAGCCCUCCAUCAGAUCCUCCUCCCCAAGAAAGGGAUCUCCGCCCAGAUCUCCCACCACUCGCCUGUCCAAGUCCUGAAGAAUUUCAAAGAGAUCAGGACCCUCCAGAUCGAGCUUCCCGUUGGCGAGCUCGGCGUCGACUGCGGGGCCCUCUUGAAGUGGACCGCUGAGUUCGGAUGCUCCCUUGACAGCUGCGUCAUCCUUGGCGCCACUUCAUUCUGGAACAAUUCGACAUCUCCGAUAAUCGAUCUGGCUGCGGCAGACAAUGCCGAUUCGGAUCAUGCCCCUAGCCCUUCGAUCGAAGAUCACUUCUGCACGAACGGCGAUCUGAAGCGGAGGGUCGUCUGGACGAUCACGUCCCUGAUUGCGGCCUCGGCCCGGCACUAUCUCCUGCGGGAGAUCGUCGCUGAGCAUCAGACGGUUGAGGAUCUUGUGUUGACAGAUGCUGGCGGGCAGGGGACGCUGCGCAUGGGGAAGGCGCAGCUAGAGGAGUUCCGGCAGUCACCAAUGGAGGCAGUCGCCGUGUCAGCGCAUCGGACACAGGUGCCGGCAUUGAAUAUGAAGCUGUGGUAUGCAGCACAGCUGAAGUUACCGGAGUCGGGGUGUGUGAUGGAGGGGGCGACACUUGUUGAGAUUAGGCCGGUUGAUCGGCCGGUCAGGAGGGAGAAUGAUGCGAUCGCGGCAUGCUCUUUUGAUGAGCCAUUCGAUGAGGCUGUGAAGGCAAUGGUGAAGGGGAAGACUUACUUGCUGGAGAUGAAUCCAUUCUAAGCGGCAUUUUUGUAAACUGUGUUCGAUAUGAGGAGUUUACUGCAAAAUGCUGAGGAGCAGAUUGUCAAGGAGAGUUUUGGGUCUGAGGCAUGCAGAGAUGCAAGGUGAUCAUAAGAAGAAAAUGAAGAGACGAUCGGCAUGUUGGCAGUAAGCAUGGCGCAGGUGGUUGUGUCCUUUACGGGUCCCACGGUGAAGAUGCGCCAGCCCAGAAAUCAGGCCAGUCCAGUCAUCAGGUUGCUGCACUCUGUUUUGUGGAUUUGGAAGUUCCCCAAUUCCCGGACCGUCUAUUUUCUUGCACGUGGAGCCCACCCGAUGAGUAGGCCUCCUAAAAUUUGUGGGACGGGCCAUGUUCUACUUGAUGCCUUACGGGGUCUCACAAUGUAGCUCAUCUGAUAGGAAGCUCAUUAGCAUGUUGUGCAUUUGGAAAAUGCUCAAGCUGUUUGUCUUGGCAUAUCCUUUGGGAAAUGUGAGGGUGCGAGGGCACAUUGCAUAGGACGUAUGAUGAGUACUGAUGGGUCCCACCUGCCUGAUUUCAGUAUUAUCUAGACCUUUGUUUU